ACUAUGGCAUCAAGUCAUUCAUCAUCAUGUGUAGUUAAUGAUAUUGAAAUGGAAUCACCGAGUUGUUGGUGUGGUUUGAAAGCGCCAUUAAAGAUCUCCCACACCCACAAAAACCCUGGAAGGAAAUUUUAUGCUUGUCUGACUUAUGGAACGGGAGAAACAAGAUGUCAAUUCUUCAUUUGGGCAGAUAUACUGACAUCAGUAUUAUCUGAGAAAAACCUGACAAGAGAGAAUGAAAUUCGGAAGAGGGAGGAUGCUUUGUUGUUGCGUGAAUAUGAAGCUCAAAAAAAAGAGGACAAACUAUUAGAGAGAGAGAAAACGCUGCAGAAGCAAGAUGACGACCUUCAUAAAAGGAUAGUAGAGAAUAGGAUUGGUCGUAUUUUGUUGUGUCUAUUUUGGAUUGUAUCACUUGUAAUUGUUUUUGGUUGGUUCUGAAUGUAGAUGUAUCAUGUUAGUGUUAAAUGAAAAUAG